UGUUGUUACGACAGGCUGUGGCGUGUCGGACUCUCCACACCGCUUCCGCUAAAAUACGCUCUCCAUCCACCGUUGCAAGGCCUUUUGACCUCUGCGAAUGAGCCUAGCAGUCUCUCAAAAUCUGAUAACAGAUUCUUGAGGUCUCAUCUGACGACUUGGUCACGACGUCGACAAUGCACCGAUAUCUACUUCUAUCACAACUAGCUCUCUUUUUAUUCCCUCUUGUCUCCAGUUACACUUGGUCCUUCACUACCACACCCCAGCAAUGUGCCACCUUGUCCUUGCAGAUAUCUGGCUCUGGCUCUCCUCCAUACAGCGUUUUAGUUAUUCCAUAUGGUCCAACACCUCUCCCAAACAACACGGAGGUCCGCACCAUCGUGUAUCAACAGUUUGAUGGCAGUUCCACUACCACCAGCUUCCAGCUCAAAUACCCGUCCACAUCCCAGUUCGUCGCCGUAGUCAGCGAUAGCACUGGUUUUGGAUCUGGUGGAACUAGUGUUGCUGCUUCAGUGAUGAGCAGUAGCGACAGCAGCUGCUUUAACAUAUCUACAACCGUCAUGCCAUAUUUCCCAUUCAACAUAUACCCUACCAACCAGGUCGUACAAUGCAAUGCAAGUAGAUUGUGGUGGGAUCCUACACAAGUCGAAGGCACUCCAUCCUUCCAGGGUGUCAUCCCUGGCGGACAAUCCUUCUCAAUUCCCGAAGGUCAGAUAACACAGGUAUCUAACGAGGGCACUGGGUUCAACUGGAUACCCUCCGUCCGCGAAGGCACUACCCUCAUGAUAAUUGCCGGAGAUGAUCGUGGGCUUGGUACAGGAGGAAGCGGAACGUAUACCGUCGCACAAGGCAUAUAUCCAAACAGCUCAUGUUUGACCACCACCUCGCCGUCAUCCACUAUCGGUUCUCCCGCAGGUGGUACAUACCCAACUAACGCCAGCGGUGCAGAAACAACUGGUGGUACUACUAGCAGCAGCUCAACCAAUGUCGGCGCAAUAGUUGGCGGCGUUAUUGGUGGUCUUGCUAUACUCGUCAUCCUUGCACUCGCAGGGUUUUACUUUAUCCGUCGUAGAACCCGCACCAAGGUCAUCAAGGAACGUCCCGUUGACCUCCUCCAAGAUGAUCCAGAAGACGAUAAUGACCAAGCACCUGGUGAACUCGGCAAUUACUACCGUCCCGAACCCUUCCUCGCCACUGAGCCGACAGAAUCAUCUUCUAUGUAUGGACAUGAGGAGGGCAGAUCUGGCACAGUCAUGUCAGGCUCACGUUACGGCAACUCGGACCGUAGACGUUCUGCAUUCGGGAGUUUCAGCGAUAUGCGAUCUGCGACGCCUGAUUAUGAAAUGGGCAUCACUGGUGGUAGUACAGUCCCAAGCGGCUCCCGCAAAUCUCCCACACCAAGGCAGCUCCGGCCUAUUAACAUUAUACAGCACGACGACGCAGGUGCCGCAGACGAACAAGCCGGGGGCCAGCCAGAUACCGUUGAACUUCCCCCUGCAUAUACUAAUAUUCGAAAACCGGUUACAAAUUGAUUGUAUUUACUUUUAAAAAUUCCUCCACUCACAUUCCUAACUGUCUUCCUUAUCUCUUUCGUUCACACUUUACAUAGGUCAAAGCCAUUGUUUAUAAACAUAAUUCUGUGCAUGUCCAUUGUUUGCAUUCUCCUGCGUAGUCAUCUCUGCGUCAAAAACUAUUUCACCCACGUUUGUCAUGCGUCUUAUAUUAGCUGCUGUUGGCCCAGCUCCACUCGGACUCUCAGGGACUUUAGUAUCGUAACUUCGUCUUCACGUAUGCGGACUCAUGUUGUAAUAUAUAUAUCAUGUAGCUCCGUUUUUCACUCAGUCGUGUAAUCAAAUCUUAUAUACCCGG